GAGGAGGAGGGGGGGGGGAGGGAGAGGGAGGGGGAGGAGGAGGAGGAGGAGAAGGAGAAGAGAUAGGGAAGGUCUCCUCUUUCCUCCAUUCCUCUUUAGUAAGGCCGAUGAUGACGACGACGAGCAUGGCAAUCACGGCUAUGGCGAAUAACAACGAAGAGGAGGAGGAGGAGGAGAAGAAGAAGAAGGAGAAGAAGAAGGAGAAGAAGGAGAAAGCGAUGGAGAAGGGUCUGUGUUUCCUUAGUAUCGGGGACUACGGCUCGGGGAAGGCAAAGCGGCAGAUACCGGUCGCACGCCGCAUGGGGAAGGUCGCCAAGAAACUCGGCGCGCAGUUCGUAAUUACCACGGGCGACAACGUUUAUCCGUAUGGCGUUGACAGCCUGGAGGAUCCAUUGUGGAGGAGAGUCUUCGAAGAUGUGUACACCGAAGAUUCACUGCAAGUUCCUUGGUACGUUGCCCUCGGUGAUCACGAUCACCGCGGCAAUGUCAGCGCCCAGAUCCUCUACUCUCUCACCUCCCCUCGAUGGCGUCUUCCCGGCCAAUUCUAUUCCAAGAGCUUCUUCCUCCCUUCUCCUCCUCCUCCUCCUCCUCCUCACGAUGAAGGUGUUAACCCUAACCACCGUAACGACGCCGACGAGUACAUCGAUAACCCGGCGCCUAAACAACCACAAGGAGACGUAGAGGAAAAUGAAGAAGACAGACAAGAAGAAGAAGAAGAAGAAGAAGAAGAAGAAGAAGAAGAAGAAGAAGAGGAAGGAGGAGGAGGAGGAGGAGGAGGAGGAGGAGGAGAUGGGAGAGAGAGCGAUGGUGAUGAAGUAGAGCAUGCGCUGCUCAAGCUUGUCGUUAUCGACAGCGUCGCAUUAGAAGGGCUGUUUGUAGAUCCUGCAGAGUUCCCGCGCGAUCGACGGUUCUCUGACGAGUACACGCCUUCUCUCGUUGAUUGGUCGGCUGGGACAAGGCAUCUGACGUGGCUAAUUAAUGAGCUGGAAAGUCACUCUGAUCGUGUUGAUUGGCUGAUGGUCGUUGGCCACCGACCUGUGUGCAGCUGCGCUAACCGAAGCCGUUACCCCGCUGAAGAAAGAGUGGCGAAGCUGCUAGGCGACGUGUUUAGGAAACACGAUGUCGACGUGUACAUGUCGGGACACGACCACGUGGCGCAACACCUGGAAGUGGAUAACAUGGUGUUUAUCGGAAAUGGAAAUGGGGGGUACAAUACCCAUCCCCUAAAUGAUGAAAGGGGAGAAACGACAAAAUUCGCGGCAACGGAUUACAAUGGCUUUGUCGUUCAUAGAGUCACAAGAGAGCGGUUCGAUUUCGACUUCGUCGGUGCCAAUGGAACGGUUUUGCACAAGGGAUCCAUAUUGGCUUCAUCCCCAUCGACAAGGAGAAGAAGAGAGAGUAGGAGUAGGAGAAGCCGGAGGAGGAGAAAGAGACGAAGAGAAAGACUGCAGCGACAAAAAAAAUAAAGCAUGACAAAGAGAAAGCUCUGCACCCCACGUCCGAAAUGGUUGGUUGGUUACCUCCCCCACUCUCUGUGCCCUAUCAUCAGAACACGCACAAUCCCCACGCUAUAACACGUCAAACGAAAGUAUUCUCUCUCUCUCUCUCUCUCUCUCUCUCUCUCUCUCUCUCUCUCUCUCGCUCGCUCGCUCGCUCGCUCUAUUGUACAGGGACUCUGUCUCUGUCUCUCUCUAUCAAUUGUGCAGGAACGA